UCAAGACCAUCCAACAACUAUGGCAGGAAACCCCCGACAAAAUCACCACUUCUGAAGCCAACACCUCCCUCUUCUCCAAAACCUUGUCCCUCUUCCAUAAUUUGAAGCCUCACAACGUAGCUGAUGGGUUGCCAGAGGGUUUCAUGCCCUCUGCCAACCCUGAGGAAGCUGUUGGGCUUUUUUUGAAGGUGGCCCCAAGUAAAUUUAUGAGCGCUUUGAAGGAUGCUGAGGCCUUGCGUCAACAGGGUUGAAGGUCAGGUGUUUGGUGACCGAUGCCUUCUUUUGGUUCGCCGGAGAUAUAGCGGAGAUCAAAGUGCCUUGGGUGGCGGUUUGGAGCGGACCAGUUCAUGUGGAAACAGACUUCAUACGGCAAAGGGUUGGAACUACUGCUGGCUCAGUGUUCUGAUUUUCUGGUACCGACGCCCACUCCUACUCAACCUUGGGAACCUAUUGGGCUAUUUUUGAAGGCGGUGUCCAGUAACUUUAUAAGCGAAAGAUGUUGAGGCGUGAACAGGGUUGAAGGUCAGGUGUUCGGUGGCUGAUGCGUUUUUUUGGUUUGCCGAAGAUAUAGCGGAGGAGAUCAAAGUGCCUUGGCUGUGAAUAUCCACUUAGUUUAUAUAAUUAUCAAUUAAAUAAUAAAUUUCUCAUAAUAACCAUUUGAUUGGUCCGGAUAUUGUAUUGAUAUUAAAGCCCAAUACAACUCGAAUAUCUAGUAUGUAAAAACAGGCCCAAACAUUUUCGCCUUGUUAAGUUUCCCGUUUUGGUUGAUCUAGCACCUGUUUGUGUUCUUUAAUCUUCCUGCAGAUGCCCUCCUCGGCUGUUUCUCCUAACUGCUCAAUGCUCCAGAGUUGGCGACGGCGCGGUUGUGGUUUCUGUGUUACUGCGCAAGAUCAAGACCAUCCAAUAACUAUGGUAGGAAACUCCAUACCCCUAACUCACCAUGUUUCCGUUUUGGCCUUCCCUUUCGGUUCCCAUGCCGGCCCUCUCCACAGCCUCGUCCUCAGACUAGCUACGGCGGCCCCGCAGGUGGCCUUCUCGUUCCUGACAACUUCCAAAGUCAACGCUGCCCUCUUUUUCAAGUCGCCGUUGAGCCUCCACAAUGUGAAGGCUUACAACGUGCAUGACGGGUUGCCAGAGAACUUUGUGUCCUCUGGCAACCCUGAGAUGGCUGUCGGGUUUUUCUUGAAGGCGGCGCAUACGAACUUUAUGGGGAGUUUGAGGGAUGCCGAGGCGGAGACGGGGUUGAGGGUUGGUUGUUUGGUAUCGGAUGCGUUCUUCUGGUUUGUUGGAGAUAUGGCGGAGGAGAUGAAAGUCCCCUGGGUGCCGGUUUGGACGGGUGGACCACGUUCACUGCUGGUUCAUGUUGAGACAGACUUGAUACGCCAAAGGCUUGGAACCAGUGGAGGUGGAAAACAAACCCUCGACUUCCUUCCUGGAUUUUCAAGAUUUCAGAUGGACGACCUACCUGAAGGAAUAGUAGGAAAGUUAGAGUCACCCUUAGCAACCCUAUUAUACAAAAUGGGACAAAAGCUGCCUAAAGCGACCGCUGUUGCAAUAAACUCUUUUGAAGAAGUAGACCCUGAAGUUGUGAAUGUGCUCAAGUCAAGAUUCCAGAAGUUCCUCAACGUUGGACCCUUUAGUCUAAUACCGUCAUCACCAUCACCGCCGCCAUUGCUUAACGAUGAAAGUGGUUGCUUAGAGUGGUUGGACACGCAGAAGCCAGCAUCAGUGGCAUAUAUUAGCUUUGGAAGUGUGGUGACACCACCACCUCAUGAGCUAGCAGCAUUUGCGGAAGCAUUGAUUGAAGGUGGGUUUCCAUUUAUUUGGUCAUUUAGGGGCAACAUAGAGGAAAUACUGCCCAAGGGGUAUGACAAAAUGAGCCUGAAUGGGAAAAUACUUUCAUGGGCUCCACAAGUGCAAGUCUUGGGGCAUUCUUCAACUGGGGUUUUUGUGACACAUUGUGGGUGGAAUUCGAUUUUGGAGAGCAUUGUUGGUGGUGUGCCUAUGAUUUGCAGGCCAUUUUUUGGAGACCAAAAUCUUAACAUGAGGACGAUAGAGGCUGCAUGGGGGAUUGGUGUUGAGGUUGAGGGAGGGCUCAUCACGAAAGCUGCAGCGAUUAAGGCCUUGGAACUGGUCUUGAAGCAAAAAGAAGGAGAAGAAAUGAGAGAAAAAUUAAAGAUCCUGCAAAAUCUUGCCCAACAAGCUGUUGAAUGGAAUGGUAGCUCCCCACGAGCUUUCAAUAGCUUGGUGGAGAUUGUCACCACCAAGUAAUAUAUGUAGUUUGUAAUACUUGUUUCAAGGUAGUUUGGGAAGGGGGAGGCCAUGACGCAUGUCCCCAAACAGUUAAAUUGAUGCAACAAAUUAUAUGCAACAUAUCCAAUUUAUUAAGAAAACUAGACCACUGGCUAGGAACGUUAUAAAAAAAAUUUGUUUUUGUUUGUAA